AUGGAAGGCGGCGGCGGCAGCAGCUCCGAGGGCGCUCAGGCCAAGGCGCCAGCCGAGGGCUCCCCCGCCCUGCAGGAGGAGUCGGCCGUACGCAAGGCCGAGCCCCAAGACUGCGCCACCAUACUGCGCUUCGUGCACGCCCUGGCACACUUCCACAACAUGCCCGACGCCGUGCACAUCGACCUGCAGCAGCUCGAGCAUGCCAUGUUCAAGAGCAACCCUCGCCAGCUGUGGGCCUUCCUGGCGACCAUCCGGCGUCGCGACGCCACCAAGGCACUCGUGGCCGCCGAAGAGGCACCCGCCGGCAUGGUGACCUUCCACUACCGCUACUCGGCCGCUCUGGGCGGCCGCAUUCUCUACAUCGAGGACCUGAUCGUCUCGGAGGAGCACCGCGGCCGCGGCCUGGGCGUCGCCCUGCUGCGCGCCGCCUGCGAGCAGGCACUGCACGACUGCUGCCGAGCCGUGCAGUUCAAGGUGCACAAGGACAACAAGGGAGCCCAGCGGCUGUACUUGAAGAACGGCGCGGUGGAUCAGAGCGAAGCGGGGGACGUGCGUCUCUUCUACUUCGACCGGGACAGCCGCUUCCCGCAUUCCGAGGAGAAGGAUAAAGCCCGCUGA